AUGCAUUCGCACCGGCAAUCAGAGGACUUCCGCAUCCCCUCCAACGCUCCCCCGCUGUCCGCUCCCUACACGCCGCAACAACAGCAACAAGACGGCCUGUACUCCGCCAACCCCUCCUUCAACGUCCAGCAAGCCACUCCACGGGGCUCUGCGAGCUCUGCGUUACCAGGCGCUCUUCAGCCCGCCGGGGGUGUGCCGCGAGCUCCUCCUUCCACCUUCACCACUCCACCCACCGUCCCGAGCAUGAACAUUGCCACGAACGCGCAGCAAUACACGCAGCAAUCGCCUUCACGAUCCAACCCGAUCCAUUCCCACUCGAGAAGCAGUCCGACAGGCAUGGACGGCUCCCAGAAAUACAUCCCCUUCAACCACACCCCAUCUCAGAAUUCCCCCUCCACCUCCAACCCAAAAGCCUACAACCUCUCGCAUACACAGAGCCCGGCGGGCCCGUCACACAGCCCAUUAAACCUCACCGACAUCCGAUCCCGCGCAAUCUCCGACGCAAACGAUGGCACCAGCGGCACCAAUGUCUUGUUCAGCUAUUCCGAUACUCCGACCAAUUCCAACUACCUCGCCCCAUUUCCCACCUACGCCUACGAUUGGUGCAAAUGGCCGGUAUUAGGAGGAAGCAGCGCGGGCAAAAUGGCGGUGGGUAGCUAUUUGGAAGACCCGCACAACUUUAUUCAAAUCCUCGACACGCACAUUGUCCCCCAGGAAGGCGCCUCGUCCGAUCGACCGCAAUAUGGACUGGAAUAUACCAAAGUGGCCGAGGCGACAUGCGCGUAUCCCGUGACGAGGAUACUGUGGGAGCCGCCCAGCACGCAGAAGCAGAGCACAGAUCUCCUCGCCACGAGCGGGGACCACUUGCGAUUAUGGAGUCUACCGCAGCCCUCUACACCCCAUUCAGGCAGCAGUAUUACCCGAGGUUCAAACAGCAGGGAUCAAGCACCGCCCAAGCUUCAACCGCUAGCCUUGUUGUCGAACAGCAAAACUCCUGAACACACCGCGCCUCUAACAUCGUUGGACUGGAACACACUCUCGCCCAAACUCAUCAUCACCUCCUCCAUCGACACCACCUGCACCAUCUGGGACAUCCCAACUCUGACCGCCAAGACUCAAUUGAUCGCACACGACAAGGAGGUCUUUGAUGUCCGCUUCUGCGCCGGCUCGGUGGACGUCUUCGUAUCAUGCGGCGCAGACGGCAGCGUGCGAAUGUUCGACCUAAGAAGCUUGGAGCACUCCACCAUCAUCUACGAACCAGCUGAGAAGACGGAGACAGCCCCAUCCCCCUCCUCCUCCUCCCCAACAAAACUAACCCCCGCCCAAACCCUCACCCCCGCCCCACCCCUCCUCCGCCUCGCGGCCUCCCCCCACGACUCCCACGUCCUCGCCACCUUUGCCUCCGACAGCAACGUCAUCCGUAUCCUCGACGUCCGCCAACCAGGCCAAGCCUUCUGCGAAUUGCGCGGGCAUCAAGGCAACCUCAACACCAUCGAAUGGCACCCUUCGCAGCGCGGGACCCUCGCAUCCGGCGCGGACGAUAGUCUGGUGCUGAUUUGGAAUGUGAAUUCCGCUACGGGGGCUGGGGGCGGGGCUGGCGUGCCUGUUCCGCCGCCUCCGCAGACUGCGCCGGCUGCGGGGACGAAUGGGGCUGCGCCGGCUGUUGUUCCUGAUGUGCCUACCCGCUUGCCGCUAGCGAGUUGGAGGUGUGAGUAUGAGGUUGCGAAUGUGUCUUGGUCGCCGCAGAGUGCGCUAUCGAAUCAGGUGGGCGAUUGGUUGGGGGUGUGUGCGGGGAGGGGCGUGUGGGGGGUUAGAGGAGUGAGGUGA